UACUGUUGUUUGCUCCAGCGGUCAUGUUACCUUGGGUGAAGCCUUGAUUUAUCCUAUUGGUGCUUUUAUUCUGGAUGAGACUUUUUAACCCUUUCCACUCAUGCCUCACAGAGUUACUCACUCUGGCCCAAGGCUUCUCCUCCAUGCCUUGUUGAUCGUCCGAGUGGCCCACUCAGGACUGAUGUUGUUGUUGAUCUGGUCCAUCGCAAACACAACAAGAUUGCUUGGCAGCCGAGAACCGGCCCGGAUCCGGAGCAGGUAUACUGCGUUGCUUUCUCCCGUGAGUCCAGAUGCUCACAGUCAGGUUGGAACAGGGUCGAAUCAAUUCAUUGCGCUGCUGAUCGCACUGCGCAUUACGUGGUACUCCGUGAUCUAAUCUCCAGCCCAAGCUCAUGCGCCUCCGUGGCUCACCUGUCAGUGAGUAACCUAAGGGAGCG